GUACCACCGACUUUUCGUUCACUGGACCAUUACAUCUUUGAAAUGUUCUUUCUGGCUUUCAUAUUGCUUUACCUGGUGAACUACAUGCAUGGUCGGGCUGCAAAUUCACGCAUAGCUGCAGCUUGGUUUGCAGCACAUGAGGAUCUACUCUCCGCCAACUUCUCCUUGGUUGGCGACGACUCUUCGGCAACCCCAGCCGGUAACGAGGAAAAGGAUACGGGGAAGGAGAGUGAGGAGAAAUCCGCUUCUAGCAAGCGCCUUAUUCGUGAAUCUGAUAGUCUCUAUACCCUGUGGUGUUCUGGUCGGGUGGCUUGUACCGGUAUGAUGGUGGAACUGCGUCUAAUGAAGCGUCAGGAUCUACCAUCCCUCCUUCUCUACUGGCUUCAUCGUCCAAAGUCAGGUGUCAGUGCCGCAUCCAUUGCCUCGGACGAUCGAGUGGUGGUGAAGGUGGUUCUUGAAGAUGGGGAAAUGGACACUUGGGUGAUGGCGGUGGGAGUGAAGAGAUCGAUAACGGCAUUAACAAAGGACCACUUUGAUUUGGCUACGUAUCCAGUGGAUAGAAGAGGACAGAGGUUCAGUGGUCUGCCGGAAGGGAUGAUCGUAUUGAGUGAGAUCGGGGAGGCUACAGCAGCAAUCUUGAAUCAAACAGUUCUAAAAGUCAUCAACGAUCACCAAAGCGCCAUCGAAUACAUCUACAUUUCGGAUCAGUAUUCAGGUCCCAAAGCUUCCAUGGAAGAUCUUAAACCACCGAAACCUGAAGAUGUUCAGAAAGUCCUCAUUUUCUCCUUCAUUUGUGAGAAACUUGGAUUGGAUGAGAAAGAUGUGGAUGGUAUGAGACCGCUCUUUAAUUUUGUUUUUUACCUGAUCGAAAAGACUCGCAAAUUGCGACUUGGAAAAGAGGCCAAGGCAAAGUCUGAUCGUGCGCGAGCAAAGGUCAGUGAGACACUUCUCAAGUCGGUCCAAGCAGCUCGACAGGAGGCGGCACAAAACCGCCGCGAUGAGCAACGUAGAGCCGUGAAAGAGCGCAUAAUGACAGAAGAGGACCCUGAAAAGGCUCGACGACUUGAGGAGAGAGAGCAGAAACGGGAGAACCGGAAGCGGCAGCAACGAAUCAAGAUGGUGAAAAUGAAGGGCAUGUGA